UGUUCUGUGUAAACCCGUGCCAUGCCGCCCGCCCUGGCUGCCUUGCUCUGGGUCCUUGGGCUGUGUCUGAGCCAGAAGACCAGCACCCAAAUGGAGCCCCUUCCCACACCGCUGCUGGCGGCCAGGCCCAGCUCCAUGGUGCCCCAGGGGCGGCCGGUUAUGCUCCGGUGCCAGGGUGCCACCCAGGCCCUCGAGUACCAGCUGCACUUUGGGGGCCAGCUGUUGGCGUCCAGGAGGCCUGAGCCGCGGGGCAGGAGGGACCGAAUGGAUUUCCUCGUGCCAGCCAUGACCUUGCACACUGCCGGCCGCUACCGCUGCUGCUACCGUGGCCCUGAGCAAUGGUCAGAGCCCAGCAACAUCCUGGAGCUGGUGGUGACAGAACUGUAUGACACCCCCCGCCUCUCUGUGCAUCCUGGGCCGCGGGUGACGCCGGGAGAGGACGUGACCUUCUACUGCCACCUGGAGGCGGCUACCAGCAAGUUUUUUCUGGUCAAGAAGGGUCAGGGCAGCAAGCCCCAGAGCAGACACGGCGCCGGUCAGGUGGCCUUCGCCCUGGGCCCGGUGACCACGGCUCACAGGGGCACCUACAGGUGCUUUGGCUCCUACAACGACUACGCCUGGUCUUUCCCCAGUGAGCCUCUCAGGCUCCUGGUCAUAGACGGCCUUGAGAACAGCAGCUCAGCCCCGGCAGACACCAGCUCUCCUGAUGCCUGGGACGCCUACCUGUCAGUCACAGAGCCCGGAUUCCAGGAUGGUAGGAAACCCCGGCCUCUGGGACCUCUCGACCCAGAACCUCCUGCGGGCUGGCCUGGUCGUCCUGGUGCUGCUGACCGUCGUGGUGCUCCUGGUGGAAGACUGGCACAGCCACAGGCCAGCUCCGGGGGAGACCGGGAGGGCUUCUCGCUGGAGAAGGUUCUGGACCAGCAGUCAGAGGAGGCGGAACUGAGAGCGGAACUUGGCCUUGGUCUGGGGUGGGAGAAGGAAGCCAGGCUGCCCGACAAUACAGGGGCCGGGCUGUAUCCACACUUGGAGCAUAUUCUCAGCAAUGGUCCUGGAGUUGCCACACUAAGCUUCACAGAAUCCGCAGCCUGGGCUCCUUCUGCGGAGAACCGAGUGCGCCUGGGCCUGGCCGGCCUCGUCCUCCUGGUGCUGGGGGUCCUGCUGGCCGAGGACUGGGACCCCCAUCCUAGUCCUUCACCGAGACCCCCGUGUUCCUGGUUUCUGGAGGGACCCUUCCAGAUUCUGGGGGUUGGCCAGGGCACACAGGGGCUGGGGAUCAUGGCUGGGCUGCUGCCCACGCUGCUCUGUCUGGGGUGGUGUGUUGGGUGGAGAGUUCAGGCACUGACGGAAUUCGGCCCCCGACCUCGCAUCAUGGCUGGGCCGACAUCCUUGGUUCUGCGAGGGCAGUCUGUGAUCAUUCUGUGCCAAGGGCCCAGGAUAGUGCUGGGCGAGAAAGUUUACAGGAUUGACAGAGACGGUUGCCCUGUGGCCGGGGACACAGAGUUGCUGAGGGUGGCCAGUUACGGCGUCUCUCUCCACAUCACAAACAUGACCGCAGCCUACGCGGGGCUGUACACCUGCUCCUACCAGGUGGGGGACAGCUGGUCCCUGCCCAGCCUCCCCCUGGCCCUGUUCAUGGCUGGAGCCUACGACAAGCCCUCGCUCUCCAGCCUUGAGGGCUCUACAGCCAUUUCCACAGCUUUUGGCACUGACGUGAAGCUGCGCUGCUUCUCCAGAACCAGGUUUGAUGUGUUCAUCCUCGUCAGAAACUAUGAGAAGGACACCGUGCAGAACCAGAGUUGUGACCCCCAGGAUGCCCAUCAGGCCAUCUUCUCCCUGGACCAUGUCACUUUCCUGCAAGCUGGGACCUACAGAUGCUUUGGCGCCCUCCGAGAACAGCCUUACGUGUGGUCCUACUCCAGCGACCCACUGCAGCUGGAGGUCACAGAAAACCCAACUACAACACCCCUGCCCCCCGAUCGGGAGGAGAAAGGAGAGUCCGCAGCCUGGGCUCCUUCUGCCAAGAACCGAGUGCGCCUGGGCCUGGCCGGCCUCAUCCUCCUGGUGCUGGGGGUCCUGCUGGCCGAGGCCUGGUGCAGCCACCACAGGACCUGCCCUGCACCCAGAGGAUCCUCCUGAGCUCAGACCAGCCAUAGAGCCACUGUCAGCAUCUCAGGACUGGGACCUGGGGUGGCCAUGAAGCCUGGUCUGGUUAGUCUCCAUCAGAUAGUGGGGAGUGGGGGUAACGAGUGCUUCCUUCCCAGUCUACAGCAGCCCCCAUGGUCACUCAGUCACUGCUUCCAUAGAAGAUUCUCCUGCCUGAGGCUCAGAGGUCCCAGGUUCAAUCCCCAGCACCACCAUCAGCCAGAGCUGAGCAGGGCUCUGAUCUCUCCUUCUACCUUUCUCUC